AUGGCGGUCUGUCCGAAAAUCUACGGUCAACCGAAGGCGCACAAACCCGCACUGCCUUUACGCCCAGUAGUACCAUGUAUGACAGCGCCGUCGUAUGAGCUCUCCAAGUACUUCAGUAGAAUUCUCCAAACAUCGAUGACCAGCAAAUACAACGUCACGGAUUCGUUCACCUUCUGUGAUUUCGUCAACAACAUACAACUUCCAGAAGGCUACAUUCUUGUGUCAUUCGAUGUAGUAGCCCUCUUCACCUCUAUCCCCAAAAAUCUGGUACGGCAGAGCAUCAUCCACCACUGGGACGAGAUCAAGCAACACACUCAAAUCUGCCUUGAUCUGUUCUUGGAAGCAGUAGAAUUUUGUAUAGAUCCAAGCUACUUUGUCUUCGAGGGGACCUACUACCAACAAAUUUUCGGCACCACGAUGGGGAACCCCCUCUUGCCUAUCAUUGCCGACUAUGUGAUGGAGGACCUUCUCGACAGUGCUGUUGCAGCAGCCACGGUAGAGAUUCCAUACUUGAAAAAGUAUGUAGAUGACCUGUUCCUAGUACUCCCUUCCGACAAGGACGAGGAAAUGCUCAACAUCUUCAAUCAGCAGAACGGGCACAUCCAGUUCACCGUGGAAAAAGAAGAAAGCAACCGCUUACCGUUCCUGGAUAUGAUGAUGGUUCGUCAGGAUGACCAAUCGAUCAAGACGGAAUGGUACAUGAAGACUAUCGCAAGCCGAAGAUUUCUCAACUACCACUCCUGCCAUCCGAUGAACCUCAAAAUCAACGUUGCGUACAACUUUGCAAAACGAGUCAUGCAGUUUUCCACCAACCUGAUCCUAAAAAGAUCAAAAUCGAUUAUAUUUGGGCUCCUUCGAACCAACGAUUACCCUGCAAAUAUCAUCAACCGUGUUAUGAACAGGGACUAA